AUGCAUCGCCACUAUCGCGAGGUGGGGCUGCAGGAGCAGCAGCUGCUGCGCUUCCUCAACACCAUCGUGGAUCCCAACGAUUCCUGCCGCAUCGUGCGUCUCCUCGCGGGUUUCGAGUUCCACGGCCACACGUGCCUCGUGUUAGAGCGCCUGCAAGGCAGUCUGCUCGAGCACAUGUGCCGCCCUGCCGACUCUCCCGGCUCCGCUGCCGCCGCCGCCUCCGCCGCGAACGCCGCCGCUUCCGCGGCGAACGUCGCGGCAGUUGCGUACCCUGCGUCGCUUGGGCUCGUGUCCGCCUCCUCUGUCGGCGAUCUCAAUGCGUCGCCGUGGACGGGUGUUGCGACGGGUUCCCAGGCGAAAGCCGCAACGGGAGCGGAGGGAUUGAUGGCGGCAGGGCGCUCGUCAUCGUGGCGCAGCGCGCACGAUUCGGGGGCGCCGUCGGGUUACCCGCUGGCCUAUAGCGGCAGCAGCGGCGGCGCUAGCAGCCGUGGAAGCGCGGGGGCGGCGGUGGCGGCGGUGGCGGCGGCGCCGAAGGUGGCGGCGAAGAUCGCGGAUUUCGGCAACUCGUUCACGCCGGAGCAGAUCCGCACGCUGUGCCACGACUACAACGUGCAGACGCUCGCGUACCGCGCGCCCGAGGUGCUGCUCGGCGUGCCUUUCUCCGCCGCCAUUGACCUCUGGUCGCUCGGGUGCAUUCUCGCGGAGCUCGCGACGGGGCAGCUGCUCUUCGCGUGCGAGUCCCCGCAGCACCUGCUGCAGCAGAUGGUUGCGCUGCUCGGCGUCGCCCCGCCCGCGUGCCUCUUCGGCUCGGGGAAGUUCUUUCCGAAGCUCACGGCGGCCGCGGGCGUGCCGCGCGUGUGCUGCUGCAGGACGGAGGCCGGCGGCGGGAUGGCGGCGUGCUUCCGCGGGUGCAGCGGAGGUGGGGGGAGUGGUUGGUAUGGCGGGGUUGCGGACGGAUGCAGUGGGUACUGCGCGCCGAUGGCGUUCAACAUCUUCGCUCCUGGCCACUCGCACCUGGGGGACGCGCUGGCGGCCGUGGACGCGCAGCUGGCGGAUCUCGUGGCGGGGCUGCUGCAGUACGACCCGCGCGUGCGGCUCUCCGCGCAGCAGGCGCUCUCGCACCCUUUCCUGAAGCCGCUGCGCAGCUCCUCCUCCUUCGCCUCCUCCUCCUCGCUCUCUUCCAAGGACUUCUCGCACCCUCUCACUCCCUGCACUGUGCUCCCCACGCCCGCCCUCGCCUCUCCUCUCACCCUCUACUCCUACCACCCCAACAUGCAUACCAUGCCCGUACCGUCUCUCCUCCUCCCUCCAUCCUUCACCUCUGGUUCCUCCUGGGCCGUUCCCACUGCCGACGCCGCUGCUGUCACGCCAGUGGGGGCGGCGGCGGCGGCGGCAGGAGCAGGGGGUGCGGGUGGGCACGCGGGAGCUGCUGGGGCGGCGGGUGCGCUGCGCGCAAGAGAGGAGGGCGUGGGUGUGAGUGCGCUGGAGGGCGGUCAGCAGGGCGCGGGUUCUGGUCCGCAGGGGGCGCAUGGGCUUUGGUCGUUGCAGCAGGCAGCAGCGGUAUCGCAGGCGGGAGCAGCAGCACCGUGCAAAGUCUCUAUGCAGCAGCAGCAGCAGCAGCAGCAGCAGCAGCAGCAGCAGCAGGAGGGAGGGCAUGGACAGGACCGUGUUUCAGCAUGGGGCGGUGUGAUGGAUGGUCCGGGAAUGGAAGCGAGGAACGGAGCAGCAGGCGAGUCACAGGAUCUCUACGCGGCAGCGUCAGCUGCAGCGAUGGCGGAUGCAGCAGCAGCAGCAGCAGCGGCAGGGAUGAGUGCAGGGGCGAAUGGGGACAUGAGCGGAGCACAUGGGUGGUGGAGCGAGGGGUUGGGUGGGGGUCCGUGGUAUGGCGCACAGCAGGGUUCCGGCGCGGGCGCUGAUGCUGGCCCUGCUGCGGCUGCUGGGUCUUCUGAGAUGGUCGCGGCAGCAGCUGCUGCCGCUGCAUUGUCCGCGGCUUCUGCAGGUGCCGCGGCAGCAGCUGCAGUGGCAGCGCAUGAGGUUCAGGCGUUGCAGCAAGCCAUGUCGAACAGUGCAGCGGCAGCUGCAAUGAUGAGCUGUUAUGGAUACGGGAUGGCAGGGAAUCAGGAAGGUGCGUACCUGCAUGGCGGAGCGGCAUUCACGCCCGAGGGUGUGUUUCUCCCGCACUCCCACCUUGUUCCUUUGACCCCGGACCACCUCUCCCUUGGCCCUCCCGCGCCCGCCGCAGCAGCGCAGACCCACGCGCACUGCGGGGGAUUUGCGCCUGGUUCUGCUGGCGCGGGUGCUUCCGGGCAUCCCAAGGGCCUGGUGUUUGAGCCUCUGAGUCCCGUGGCAGGCCGCGCGGGGACGGGCGGUGUGGGCGAGCGGGAUGCACGUGGGCUGGUGGGCGUGGGGAGUACCGAGCUGCUACUGGCGCCGAUGACUCCCUGCCAGGUCAGGGAGGGACACGUGGUGGGGUGGAAGAGUGUCGCGGCGUCUGGGAGGAAAGCGGGAAGGGGUGCAGGCGCAGGGACAGGGACAGGUGCAGGGGCAGGAGGUGGAGCUGGGGCAGGGACGGGUGCAGGGACGGGGCCGGAAUCAGGAGCAGAAGUUGGUACGGGGAUGAGCUAUGUUGAGCAGAUGUAUGCGGUGUAUGAGGCGCAGCAGGGGAGUGCGCAUCAAUACGUGGCCAGUGGUUAUGAGGGGCAGCAGCAGCAGCAGCAGUAUGUUCAGUACUCUCAGCACGGGGAGUAUCAGCACGGGGAGUAUCAGCAGCAAGUGAAGCUUCUGCAGCAGCAGCAGGAGCAGGAGCAGCAGCAGCAGCAGCAGCAGCAGCAGCAGCAGCAGCAGGAGAGGGCACAGCAGCAUCGUGGGCUGAUGGGAUAUGCCAGUGGGUUGUGUGGCAUCAGCAGCAACGCCAGGGAUAGCUGGACACAUCAGGAAGCAUCUUUUGCGGGGGAAGCGGGUGCAGCAGGGGCAGCAGCUAGGGUGUGUGAGGAGGAGAGCAAGUGGGCGGGGGGGAGGAUGGGGGGCGCGUGUGGAGUGGAGUACAGUGAAGCACCAUGGCUUGUUGCGCAUGGCAGCAUGGGCGGGUGCGCCCCUGCCACUGUCAGGCUUGGUUGGUGA